CCAGAGUGGACAUGGCGGCCGGCCGCGGCCCGGCUGUAAUAGCCGCCCUGGCAGUGCUCAGUGUCUGUGCGGCUAGCGGCUCUGGGCCCGCGGGGGAGACCGAGGCCGGCGGGGAGGCAGAGUGGGCGGAACCGUGGGAUGGCGCGGUUUUCCGGCCACCCUCGGCGCUGGGCGCGGUGGGGGUGGCGCGCAGUCCUGGGGCCCAGCGGCCGGGGGAGGAGGCGGCGGACUUGCCAGUGCUGCUGUGGUGGAGCCCAGGGCUAUUUCCCCACUUCCCGGGUGACUCGGAGCGCAUCGAGUGUACGCUCGGCGCGUGCUUGGCGUCCCGGGACCGACGAGUGCGGGGAGACUCGCGGACGCGCGCGCUGCUCUUCUACGGCACCGACUUCCGCGCGUCUGACGCGCCGCUGCCCCGCCUGGCGCACCAGAGCUGGGCGCUCCUGCACGAGGAGUCGCCCCUCAACAACUUUUUGCUGAGCCACGGCCCGGGCAUCCGCCUCUUCAACCUUACUGCCACCUUCAGCCGCCACUCGGACUACCCGCUGCCGCUGCAGUGGCUGCCCGGGACCGCCUACCUGCGCCGCGCGGCGCUUCCGCUGCAGGAGCGCGCGGUGUGGCGGCGCCGGGGCUACGCACCCCUGCUCUACCUGCAGUCGCACUGCGACGUGCCGGCCGACCGGGACCGCUACGUGCGCGAACUGAUGCGCUACAUCCCGGUGGACUCGUACGGGAAAUGCCUGCAGAAUCGGGAGCUGCCCACCGCCCGGUUACAGGACACAGCCACGGCCACCACCGAGGAUCCAGAGCUGUUGGCCUUUCUGUCGCGCUACAAGUUUCACUUGGCUCUAGAAAAUGCCAUCUGCAACGACUACAUGACGGAAAAACUGUGGCGCCCCAUGCACCUGGGGGCCGUGCCAGUGUACCGCGGCUCGCCGUCUGUGCGGGACUGGAUGCCCAACAAUCAGUCCAUCAUCCUUAUUGACGACUUUGAGUCGCCUCAGAAGCUGGCAGAGUUUAUCGACUUUCUGGACAAGAACGAUGCGGAGUAUAUGAAAUACCUGGCAUACAAGCAACCGGGGGGCAUCACCAACCAGUUCCUUCUGGAUAGCCUGAAGCGUCGCGAGUGGGGCGUGAACGAUCCUUUACUGCCCAACUACCUCAACGGCUUCGAGUGCUUCGUCUGCGACCACGAGCUGGCUCGGCUGCAAGCCCAGAGAGCCCAUGCAGCCUCUCCUGGGGACAUCCCAGUCCCCGAGCCUCGCAUAGCCCAGCCCUCGCACAUGGACUGUCCAGUGCCCACCCCUGGCUUUGGCAGUGUGGAGGAGAUUCCGGACAAUGACAGCUGGAAGGAGAUGUGGCUGCAAGAUUACUGGCAAAGUCUGGACCAAGGGGAAGCUCUCACUGCCAUGAUCCACAACAAUGAAACACAACAGAGUAAAUUUUGGGAUUACCUACAUAAGAUCUUCAUGAAAAGGAACCGAAAUCUCUAACUGCUUUUGCAAGAGCCUUUAACUUGGUAGAGCUAAGGAGAUCGUAUUCUGUCAUGGGACAAAAGGAGUAUCCACUGCACAAACCCUUAAUGAAUGUUGCAUGAUCAUGGAUUCAAGGAAAUCAGUGCUAUCCACUGAUGUUUUAUCUUAACGAUGUGUCAUUGGUGAAGACUGCCUCUCCUGAAGACGGUAUGGAGGCAUCCAGUUGUUGUUCAAUACAAACAGAAGUCCGAAGGUGCUGGUCCAACAGUAUUUUUAGAGGACUGCUCACUUCUCUAAGCUAUUUCAUCCCCUCAGUUGCACCUGACUACCAGAGAGGUAAGAUGGGCCAGGUCAUGACAUACAUGUUCUUUUGUUGGAUUCCUCAAACCCCUCAAUAUGUAGUACCUUUCCCAGUCAUCUCAUUCUCAGAACUGUUGUGUUGGUAGAAAAGCAGAAUUGCUGAUCUAUUUUUAUUUUGUAAAAUCAUAUACCUUGCCAUUCAUGUUAAACUUUUUAUUUUAAAUGCCUUUUUCUUUCCUGGUUUUAGGCCCUUUUCUACCAUUUCAGAUGGAGAUAGAGAAAUCUUGUCAUCAUCCUUACUGCUGGUUUACUUCUUUCUUGGCAUGUAACUGGAAUUUGUUUCCAUCUCAUGAACAGAAAGAUCCAGUGGCUGAUACAUGCCAUGACAACUUCAUACUUCCCUAUUCUAUUUUAGAUCAAAGGUGGGCACUAAGUCUGGCAGAAAAAGUCACUCCUUCAUUCACUCCAUUACUGAUUUCCUUUCAUCGACUGAGACUUUUUGAUGGAGCCCACUCAAGGCCCUAAACUCAAAGGAACAUGAAGACAAAGCAGGAGAUUUAAACCAUGGCAAGCAGCUGGCUAAAAAAAAAAACCUCAGUCAGGCUUGGGGAUGCAGCCAAACCCUUCUACUGCUGUGGUUUGAACAUACAGUAUAAGGAGUAGGGAGACUAUGAGCUUUAUCUGGGGCAGUGGAACACGAAAGUUAGAGCUACUCUGGCUGUAGUGUUAAUAUGACUAGAGAAGUUCCACAGCUUAUCGGUACAUUUGAUUGUAAUUUUAUUAUGUCUCUAUGGAUAGACACAUUGGAUUCUUCAACUAGGCCCCAUGCUUAGUAAUGAGACAUCUAAAGAUAUGGCCAAGCAAAGUUGUAACUCAGGUUGGUUUCACUGCCAAUAUCCUUCUUUUCACUUUAUUCUUUAAUAAAAGAUGUCCCUCAAAAUGGCAGGGAAAAUUUGCUUAACCUGCUUGGCCUUUUGCAUAAGGAACUGGGAAAGACAGACGUUCAAAAAUAUAUAUGCGAUAUAGUAGACACUCAAAGUCAAAUAUAGGACUCUGACUUCUAAGCUUUUAGUCUUUUUAAAGGUAGAUGCUAAUACAGUACAAAAUACAUAUUACACAAGUACAAACCUAGGUUAGGACUGAAUUAUGUACACUCAUUGCAUUUCAUUAUGUGCAAUAAAAAGGGUAAGUGAUGGUUAUGCAAAGAGUAGAGUUACUCUUACCUCUCCCAUGUAAUUAUACUAGCCCGCACUGGCAUUUAGCACUUCCACAUACAAAGUAGGCCAGUUGUUUAUGAAUUCCUGGAGACUCAGGCCUGCUUUGUGCUAAUUGCUUCCCAGAUAUUCUCUUUUACUCCCAUCACCUUAUACGUUUUCACAACAGAGCAGGGUAAACCAGGUGCUACAUUUCUACAAGGGAAAGCACUUGUGGAACCAGGACUAGCUGCAUGGUCCUUGUCAGCUAAAAGCUUCACUUUCCUUACAGAUAAAGCGAGCAGAGUCAGUUUUCUAUGGCUGUUCUCUGUGCAGCAACAAACAGGUUUACUUGCGGCAGGCUGGGUUCCUGGUAGUGGAAGUGUCUGAUGGGAAUCUUAUUUACACUUACUGGAGUGUGGCAGUUGUGCCCCUUUGUUACUGCAAAUAUUGCUAUUUUUUAUUAUCUCAGGUUUCAUUUUGUAUAAUAAACUGCUUUUUAAA